GAAAUUCAAGGUUAUUGUUAACCUGACUGUCGAUGGUUUCGUAGUGCCGAGCUCAAUCAUUGUUUGCUAAGAAACAUAAAAAAACUUCAAUAGAAAGGUUUUCCUGAAAAGCAAAAGUUCGUAUCGACAUUAAACUGAAAUUAAAGCUGACUUGCAGUUGUCCAACUUCUGAACAUCAUCAUUUAUACGAUUCUCGAGUGGAUUGAAACAAAUUACCAAUAAUCACUCAACGAAAUGGUUUCUUUGGCCAAUCUUGGUGGAAUGAUUUUCCUCACACUUAUGACAAUAUUUUUAAACACGGGUACUGUUACUGGUCAAGCUGUACCGGCAAAAAUGUAUCCUAUUAUCCUGGUUCCCGGUUAUAUGGGCACCAAAUUGGAAGCGGUUUUGCAAGAAGCUACUGAUGCUCCAGUUUACUGUUUACGUAGGACUGGAACCUGGACUUUGUGGUUCAGUUUGAAAGAGUUAAUGCCUAUGGUUAGACAGUGUUGGUAUUAUGCUGCUCGUCUUCAUUACGAUCCUACCACUCGAAAAACAACCAAUUCUAAAGGAGUUACUGUUAUUGUUCCACAAUUUGGUGGUCUAGAGUCGGUUGAGUAUUUGUCUCCGUGGUUCGAAGGAAUUAUUCAGCAAACUAUUUAUUAUGCAAAUAUGGUUAGUCGCUUUCGGGACGUUGGCUUGACACCAGCGAUUCAAAUUCGUGGAGCACCAUACGAUUGGAGGAAAUCAAUGAAUGAAAUGGAUGAAUGGUUUUCCAAAUUCAAGACAUUGAUAGAAGAAACAUACUAUCGUAAUGGUAACAAAAGUGUAAUUUUGAUCGGUCACUCGAUGGGAGGAAGUGUUAUAUACGUUUUCCUUCGUCAACAAACUCAAGAAUGGAAAGAUAAAUACGUUCGAUUAAUGUGGACUUUGGCAACUCCGUUCGGUGGAAACUUUAAGUACAUGUAUGAUUACCUUUUUGAAGACGAUUAUCCCGGCUAUUUAUCAAGUAUCAUUCGUCGGGCUGAAAGAACCUUCCCAUCUUUAGCAUUUCUAAUACCUAAACCAGAAGCCUGGGGCUGUGAACCUUUCAUUACGUCUGCAAAUGGCACUUACACGCCAUGUAAUUAUGAAGACUUCUUCAGAGAUAUUGGACAACCAAGGGCAUAUGAAAUGUGGAAAGAUGUAGCUCACAUUCAAGGCUCCUUUGACCACCCUGGAGUUCCGAUUAAAUGUUGGGGUGGUGGGGGGCAGCCCACUUUGCGAUCUAUGAGUACCACGAGUAGCAAUUUAUACGAUAAUAUUAGACGAACGGUUGUCAAAGAACUGGACGGAGACACGUUUGUCAACUAUCAAGCUUUAAGAGUUUGUCUCAAAUGGAACGCUAAUACGAAUUAUCCUUUCCAAUUUCGCACAUUCAACAAAACUCACAUGCAAAUGAUAAGAGACUCCGAAGUUCUUGAUGAAAUAGUCAAGAGUUACCUUGAAUUGGCCUGAGCAAAAAAUUAUCCACUAUUAAGAGCCAGUAGAGAUGAAUCUCAUUUCUCACUUCAUUUCUAGUCAUAUUCACCAGCUUGAUUUUUAUAUUAAGCAUUGUUAAUUGUUAAAUAUAUUUUAAAAAGAUGUUAUUUGCUUUUGGUUUGUCUGCUUGGGAUUACAAAUUUUAAAUUUUUGAUAGAUUCAUAAAAUAAAUCUAUCAGACUAAUCAAGAGAUAUGCAUCAAUAUGCUGGUUAUACUGUAUUGUCUGGUGCAAAUUAAUUUACAAAGUAUAUCAUUGUUUUCAUUCUCAAUCUGCAUUUCGUCAAAACAAAUAAAAUUGACAAAAGAAUUAA